GUCAAAUGAAACAUUUGAUGUUGAUAACACAUGUAGUAUUAUAUGCCCCUCCAAUGAAGAUACACAAAUGUCAAACAUAUGAAAAAAUAAAGAAAGGGAUAUAUACAACAAAAUGAAAAUAUGAAAUUAAUUUUUUACCUUCUCAAAUGUGUUGUUAUUUUAAUAUAUUUAUAUACCAUUUUUUUAGAAGCCAACACUGUAACGCGAUUUAAGAACAUAAGAUUCUUCAUUCCUUUUGAAAAUAGUAGAGUGUUGCACAGGGAAAAAAAACGUACCCUAAAAAAUAAUAAGAAUAUACAGAAAAUGGAAGUUCAGGGGAACUUAUUCAUUGACAUAGGGGCAAAUUUGACUGAUAGGAUGUUUGAUGGAGUUUAUAACAAGAAGAAGCAUGCGAAUGACCUGCAACACGUUUUAAAUAGAGCCAAGAAGAACAAUGUUGAGAAGAUUAUAAUAACGUGCACCUGCCUGGAGGACAUCGAUAAAUCCCUGAAGAUUUGCGAAACAUACGAUCCGGAGGGUAAGUUCCUUUUUCUAACUGCUGGCGUUCACCCCACCAACUGCUAUGAGUUCAUUGAAAAGAAUUCCAUGGAGGAAAAAGACAAGCAAGCAAAAAGGGAGUUUGAGGAAUUUAUUAACUAUUUUAAAAAUGCGAAAGAUGUGAAUUACGCGAUAGAGGAAAAUAAACAUUCUAGUGAAACACCACAAGGGGAUGUGUUCAAAAUUCCUGGCUUCGUGUAUGAUAAAAAGGAGCAAGAUUAUUUAGAGAAAUUAAAAAAAAAAAUAACAAAUCAUAGCAACAGAAUUGUGUCCAUUGGUGAAAUUGGCCUAGAUUUCGAUAGGCUGUUUUUCUGCCCUAAAUAUAUUCAAAUUAAGUAUUUUAUAUAUCAGUUAAAAUUAGUGGAAAUGUUUAAACUACCCAUUUUUUUGCACAUGAGGAACUGUUCCGAUAUAUUUUUUGAAAUUAUGGACAAAUACAAGCCAUUAAUUGAAGGCGUUGGAGGAGUAAUUCAUAGUUUUACAGACAGGGAGGAGAUAAUUGAAAAAAUAAACACGUACAAAAAUUUGUACAUUGGGGUAAAUGGGUGUUCCUUAAAAACGCCUGAAAAUCUAAAUGCCGUGAAGAAAAUACCCCUAAAUCUUUUGCUGUUAGAAACAGAUGCGCCAUGGUGUUCCGUAAAAAAAACACAUGCCUCUUAUCACUUCAUUCAAGAAAAAUAUGAAAAACGGAAUUACACCAACUUGAAAAAAAUAAGAAACGUAAUCCAAUGUGACGACGAAACUAUUUUUAAGGAAAGGAACGAGCCCUAUAAUAUCGUGGAUAUAGCCGAAAUCACAUAUAAAGUAAGGGGGGCCACCAUACCGUUCGAUUCAUUUUGCAACAAAGUCAGAUGCAACACCCUAAAUUUGUUCAAAAAGCUGCGGUAAGAAAUUCCAUUUGGUGAUGUACGCACGGAAAUAUCUUGACCCAGGGGGAACGAAAUUGCCUUUUAAAUCGUUCGGAGAAAAACAAACCAAAGAAGGGGGGGAAAAAAAAAGCUGGCCCCAUUAUAUACCAACUUACAAUCAUUAAGGAGUACAUCACACCGAAUAACAUGGACAACACUAAGGAGACAAGAGCGAACACAGUGAAGGCACAUUUAGAAGCGAUUGAUCAGUGCAAGGAAAAAAAGGAAAAAUACGUAAAAUGUUUUAAUAACUGGUAUAAGAAUAAUUUCCUCAAGGGUGACCUAACGCAAGCGUGCGAUGACUACUAUGAGGACUAUCAAAUUUGUGUGCUGAACGAUCUUAAUAAGAAGGGGUUGGGGCACCUGGCCAAUUUGCCGAAGGGAAAGUGAGCGAGGUGGAUGCAGCGUCACACACGUACGCACGGGAAAAAGAAGAUUUUGUCUUUUCGCUAUUUUAAGUUUAAGCCCAUUUGUCCUACACCUUUUAAUCGUACACAGUUUGCCUACACAUUUGCCUCUUUUUUUUUUUUUUUUUUAUCGUGUUUACCCCCCCUGAUUUUUUACAACGAUUGGUCAUUUUGCCACACGACACAUUUGCCCUAAUUUUG